AUGGGGAUUGCUAUCGCCGAUGAAGGAAACUCGAUACGCUACUCCCGCACAGAAAACAACUCCAUUGCCGACGUCGUAGCGACGAAAUCCAGCUGGGUUAGUCUGCUCGCAUCGGUUGUAUUCGUCAGGAGUGUUGAUACCGAUUUUUACAUCGUCCGGAGGGCCGAAACCAGCGGGUUGCAAGGGAAGACCGGUGUAACAGCCGUUUAUGCCGCAUUCAUCGCAGGGACCGAGAUUGCCAUCACAGCCUACGAGGCCGUCAGAGGUAGAGUUGACACAUACGUUGGCUGGAGAGAUUCUUAG